AUGUUAGAUGACGAUGUUAUCGAGAUUAUUUUACCGGAAACAUGGAACGUGGAUCCUAGCAACGAGGCUGGGAUAACAGCGUCCAGCGGUAACAACGCUGAAGUUUGCGAAAGGUGCUUUGAUGCGCAACAAGUAAUACGAACCGAAAAAUGCAUAAGAUGUCGAAUUCUCAAACUUUUGUUGGAAUAUUUAGGUCCAGAUUAUCAACCGCCUUUACACAUAAUAAUUGAAGACAGCGUUGGUAUACGGAAGCUCCCAGAUGGCGAGUACGAAGAUUUCGACCUUUUCGUCGACGAUGCUUGUAUUGAUCCGCCCGUAUGGUUACCGCGAGGAAAUACGACAUGGUCGUCGCAUAGUUCCUCUGCCGAAUCCUUGGAGUGGACACGACGUGAGAUAGACAAUUGCGUCAAUACCCACACAUGCUGUCGUUCUCUAGAUGACUCAUUUAUGCCAACCCGGGUUAUCAACAUUUGCCCUGAGAACGUAGCCGGCGAUGUCUUCCUGCAGGAUGGGGCUUCCGUCCCUCGUGGCUCAAGAUAUUGCGCCCUUAGCUAUUGCUGGGGUGAUGUCAAGCCAGAUUGUCUCACAACUAAAACCACGCUCGCACAGCGUCAAUCUAACAUACCUUGGUCAACCCUACCCCAAACCUUCCAAGAUGCAAUUCACUGGGCGCGAUCAGCUGGUGUGGAUUAUCUCUGGAUUGAUAGUGUCUGUAUCUUACAAGGCGACCGAGAUGAUUGGCUUCGGGAAUCUGGCAAAAUGUUCCAAGUUUACCAAAACUCAUAUGUGACGAUUGUGGCUGCCUUCGGCAAGGAUCCGACGACGGGGCUUUUUUCGGCGUAUCCAGACGAGCCGAAGCCUAAGUUACUCGCAACCCUGCGACUUGAGGGUACGGGGUCAGCUUGGCCAUUAUACAUGAGGAAAGCACAGCACUUUCAUUUCUACGACUGGGAUAACUUCGAGAUGCGAGAGGCACUGCCACUCCUAAAACGUGCAUGGUGUUAUCAAGAGCGGCUCAUAUCUCCUAGAAUCCUCUUUUAUACUCCUACCGAAGUCGCUUUCCAGUGCUUUGAAGUAGCGUCGUGCGAAUGCGGACGAGAUAACGUAGUAUGCAACUCCAUGAUGACCUCCCCGAAACAGAGGUUUCCGGUUCCUGGGAAACAGGGUCAGGCUCACAAUAAACUAUUAAAUGACUGGGAGACUGUACUCCAAAUAUAUAUAAGCAUGGACAUUACCAUGAAAAGCGACCGCCUCCCUGCCAUAGCGGGUAUAGCCGAAUACUUCCAGAAGCUCAGACCGAACGAGAAUUACCUUGCUGGGCUCUGGUCGGGCGAUCUCCUGCGCGAUCUCCUGUGGGAGGUUGUUGAGGUAUUUGCAAGGUCUGCGGCAAAAACUCAAACCGCAGGGGUCCCGAGCUGGUCAUGGGCUUUCAGUUCCGAUACGCGGGAUGUGGUGACACCAGGACCACUUCACUACCUUGCAGAAGUGCGAGAGGCGGAGUGUAGCUACGCGAAUGACAACCAGUUUGGCGUACCGACGAGGAGUAAGCUAGUCCUCGACGGCCGUCUAUGGAAAAUUUCAGCUUUGGGCCGAAGGACCGAUUCUCUCUGGAUCCUAAGCCGAAGGGCCCUGUUCAAGUUCGAUUUAUCACAAGAAGGGCGAUGGGGUUUUACUCUCGACUCCGGUCCCGCGGAGCGGAAUUGGUUCGCGGUCCGACGAUUAUACUUACUCGAGAUCGGCCAGAGCUUUACGAGUGAUGGGGUUACGCUAGAUUUUACCUACUAUCUUAUCCUGAAGUCAACGCGCGACCCAGGCAAUUCCUAUGUCCGAGUUGGAGUGUUCCACCAAGCCCACGACGUUUUGGGGAAAUCAGAUCGCGAGAGAUGGGAUAAACUAGGGAAAUGGAGCCUAUGUGAAAUUAAGUAA